AUGGCCCAACAUGGUUUAAGAGUAAGCGACCUGUUUUCAACUCUGGAGGACGCUGAACUGGAUGCUUUGGUAGAAGAUGUACUAAAGCGUCACCCACUAAAGCGAGUACAGAGUAAGGCGGGUUUUGAACUUUUACAUAUUAGCAUCCCUGGGAUUGAAAGGUCGUGGAGAGAUGUUUAUGCUGGAGUGCUUGAUCUCUUCUACACAAUCUUCACCAACCUUGAGAAUGACGGGCUUCUGAAUCCAGAUGAUGAAGUGCAUCUCUAUGCCCUCCAGCGGUGUUUCUUGCCACAUGUACAGAAACACCUUCAGUACUUUCAGGAUGGCUGGAACCACCACAAGUUGCGGACAGAAGGAAAUCAGUCACCAAUACAGCUCUGGUUAAGUCAUCAACUUCAAGACCCUAUCCAGAUAGAUGCUAUGCAAUAUGGCAUUGACUGGAGAGGGCCGUGUGGUCAUCACGAACCUCGUGUGGUGAUCCCUAAAGGACAAAUACAACUUACACAGGAGGAUGCUGAAAGAUUCCCAGACCCAGAUGUCCCCCUUUCUAAUGUGUCGGAGGUGUACAGAGAGACUGUAAUGUUAUUAUAUGAAAUGCUUGAGUAGCAAGACUACAACUUCAAAGAGUGAGCAUCAGCAAGUUUUGCUUAUGUUUAAAAAAAUUGUAUACAUGCCUGUUUUGACCUAUUAUCAGCAUUGUAUAAAUAUUUAAUCCACUAGUUCUUUUCUCAGUCAUUCAUUAAUGUUAAUGCUAUAA